UGAGCACUCAUCAUCCACCCUCCCUCCAACAAGUCUGACAACUUUUUCCUUCCUCUAACUCAGAGACAUCUCUUCUGCCCCCUCAACUUGCUUCUCCAGCUUCAGUUGUAGCAAUGGCCCCAACCGCAGCCGUCCUUCCGGCCACUGAUUACAUCGCCGCCGCGGCCAACAACGCCGUUCUCAAGGACUACUACUCCUCGGGACUCCGUGCACGGUUUCGUCUCGACGCCGCUAGGAUCUCCACGCCAUCUACUCUCAAGGGGCCGUAUGCUAAUAUCAGUUACGAGGUAGACGAGAACUCUUUCCGCCGUCGUUCGGCGGCCCGUCUCGCUGCUGGGGGUCUCGCCUCCUCUGUGCCAGAGGGGUGGCCCACCAAGUUAGAAGGGCCCCUGGUUUGGACCGGAGCCGACUUUGAAGGACAGGACGAGUCUGCGUAUGUGUACUACCUAACGGAUGGUGACAAGAGGGAGAUUGAUGCGGCGUUGAAGCACUUCAACAAACUUGGUCUUGACGGCAAUGAAGUAUCGCCCGAGACCUUUCCCCUGCCCACAUUGGGGGUAAAACUCGGCAACAUCUGUACGGACGUGUACGAGGGCCGGGGAUUCGCGAUUCUCCGCGGUCUGGACCCGGACGCCUACCCAUCCGUCGAGGAUCUCACUGUCGUGUAUCUCGGCAUUUCAAGCUACAUCGGCAAUCGCCGUGGAAAGCAGGAUCAGCUGGGGUCAAUGUUGAUGCAUGUGAUCAGCAGAGACGAGCACGCAGUAGAUAGUGAGGACAGGCCCUUCCACACCGACACUGUCACCGACUGCCUCUGCCUCUUCACCCAAAGCCUUGCCGAAAAAGGCGGCCGCAGUGUGAUAGCCUCGGCCUGGACCGUGUACAACGAGCUCGCAGCCACCCGGCCCGACUUGAUCCACGUUCUGGCAGCGCCAGACUGGCCCUUCGACACCUUCCUCCGCCAACCGGCAUACUACACCCGGCCCGUCCUCUUUUACCACGACUCCAAAAUCAUCGCCUCCUUCUCCCGCCGCCUGCUCGUAGGCCACCCGCCACAAACCCCGCGCACGCCAGGGAUCCCGGGUCUGAGCGAGGCACAGGCCGAGGCGCUCGACGCCAUGCACUUCAUUGCGCGCAAGCACGAGUUCAAGCCGCGCAUGCAGCGCGGCGAUCUGCGCUUCAUCAACAACAUGGCCGUGCUGCACCGGCGCGAAGCCUUUACCAACAGCCGGGCCAACGACGGAGUUGUUCGGGUUGCUGACAACAAGGACGGGGUGCGCCACCUGGUGCGCAUCUGGCUCAACAACGAGCUUCUGUGCUGGAAGCUGCCUCGUCCACUGCGCCUCGCCUGGGCGAGGGUCUUUGAGGACGACGAGAGAGAGGAGCGCUGGGAUCUGGUUCCGCCGCGAAGGCCUGACGGAAGGAUCUUGAGGGUGCCUGGAAGCUGUGAUUGA